AUGAUUUCAAAAUCUUCCACCUAAAGUCAACGCUUUCUCUAUCAUCCACCACCAUCUUCAACUCCCCUCCUAACUCUCUCUCUCCAUUUCUUCAAAACAAUAUUCUCUCUCUCUCUCUCCUCUUUUGACUUCCACAAACAAUUUCAUCUGAUCAUCAUCUGCUGAUCAUCUGAUCUUGUUGUUGUUUGUUCAAUGAAUAUUAUUUACAUUUGGUGGUGAUCACAUCGGAAAACAAACAAACAAACAAACAAUUAUGGGAAACAAAGUAGGUAAAUGUUUCACCGGCAACAACGACGUCGUUCAACGCCCAACUAAAGAUUCAUCCAACGACCCGUUAGACGAUCUGGGUCACUCUUUUUGCUACGUUAGACCCGACCCAUCUCGUCUCACAUCCUCCAAAGUCCACUGCUCUGAAGAAACGACGACGUUCCGAUCAAUCUCCGGCGCAUCCGUUUCCGCAAACACCUCAACUCCCUUAUCAACAUCUCUAAUCGAUUAUUCAUACAAUUUCUUCGAUAAAGCUUCCGCUUUCGAAAGCUCUACAUCGUUCGCAUCGAUUCCUCUUCAGCCUUUACCCAGAAAUUCAAUUAAUUCUAUUAAUUCGGGACCGUUACCGAUUGGUACGGUCCCGUAUUCGGGCCCGAUCGAACGCGGGUUCUUAUCGGGUCCGAUUGAGCGGGGGUUUCAAUCGGGUCCGAUCUUUUCGGGCCCGAUUAGUCAAGAUCAGUUCCAAAGAAGCUACUCCCAAGGUGGGUUCAAGUUUAAGCAUAGAUCAAGAAAAGGGUUGUCGAGAUCAUCGUUGGUUCGGGUCAUCCAACGGGCGAUUUCGAGAAGUUUUGUGACCCGUGGGCAGAACUCGGUUGUUGCCCCGGUUAGCAAAACAUUGGGUGGGUCUUUGAAGGUUCCGGAUUGGGUUGUGGAGAAGAAUAAUGAGUUGACUAUAAGUAGUGCUAAUUUGAGUAGUGAGUGUAGUUUUCUUGAUGAUGAUGAGAGUUUGAAUAAUCAGAAUCAGAGUCAGAAUCUUCAAUGGGCUCAAGGGAAAGCGGGUGAGGAUCGGGUACAUGUUGUUGUUUCGGAGGAGCACGGGUGGGUUUUCGUGGGGAUUUAUGAUGGGUUUAACGGUCCGGAUGCACCGGAUUAUCUGUUGUCGAAUUUGUAUCCUGCUGUGCAUAAAGAGUUAAAGGGGUUGUUGUGGGAUGAUGAGAAUGAUGGUUCCAAUUCGAACAAGUGUUCGGUUGAUGUUCAACCGGUGGGUGAGAAUCAUGAGAUAGAUUCGCGUGUUAACGAUCAACAGUGUGUUGUUGAUCAGCAGGAACGAUAUCCGGUUGAGGAGUUUGAAACGAAUGGGAAUAAGAAGAGGAGUAGUAAGAGUUCGAGGGGUAGGAGCCGAGGGGCGUCGAAGAAAUGGGAAGAUAAUCAUAGGAGAUGGAAGUGUGAAUUUGAUCGCGAGCGGUUAGAAUUGGAUCGGCGGUUAAAAGAACAGUUAAACUCAAACGGGUCGAAUUCGAUUAACCAUUCGGAUGUUUUGAAAGCGCUAUCUCAAGGGUUGAAGAAGACGGAAGAGGCUUAUUUUAACGUUGCAGACCAGAUGCUAGACGAAAAUCCUGAACUGGCGUUGAUGGGUUCGUGUGUUCUCGUUAUGUUGAUGAAAGAAGAAGAUGUUUACGUGAUGAGUGUAGGAGAUAGUCGAGCGGUUUUAGCUCAAAAGCCCGAGCCUGAUCUAUGGAGACAUGAUCUAGAAAGAAUUAAAGAGGAAACAUUGUAUGAUCUCGAGGUUUUCGAUACCGAUGUUCCUAACCCGAAUCCAACAUUAACCGCUUGUCAGCUUACAACCGAUCAUAGUACCUCCAUUGAAGAGGAAAUUCAAAGAAUAAAGAGCGAACACCCUGAUGAUGCUUGUGCGGUUAUGAACGAUCGCGUUAAAGGCUCGCUUAAGGUCACUCGUGCUUUCGGUGCUGGCUUCCUCAAACAGCCUAAAUGGAAUGAUGCACUUCUGGAGGCGUUUAGGAUCGAUUACGUUGGAAAAUCUCCGUACAUAAACUGUAUCCCGAGCCUUUACCAUCACAAACUAGGCCCGAGAGAUAGAUUCUUGAUAUUAUCGUCAGACGGGCUUUAUCAGUAUUUCACUAACGAGGAGGCCGUUUCUGAAGUCGAGCUCUUUAUUCAGUGGUCGCCAGAAGGCGAUCCAGCUCAGCAUUUAAUCGAAGAAGUUCUGUUUCGUGCAGCCAAGAAAGCCGGGAUGGAUUUUCAUGAGUUGUUAGAAAUACCGCAAGGGGACAGAAGGCGAUACCAUGAUGAUGUUUCAAUAAUCGUCAUUUCACUUGAAGGAAGGAUAUGGAGAUCAUGUGUGUGAGCGAGAAACAAAACCCGACGAUAUGUCACUAGAAAAUCCGAGCGGGUAAAUGAAAAUCCAUUUUUUGAUUAUCUUUUUUUCGUUUUCUGUAAAAAAAAAUCUUGGUCACCUUAUGUAACAUGGCAAUGAAGCUCAAGAACUUAAAAAGAGACUUGGUUGUGAAAUGUAAGUUGGGUGGUUAGGAAAUGUAAAGGUGUGAAAACUUUACUCAAUGUUUAUGAAAUAUAAUUUUGUCAUGAAUAUUCUAAUAAAUGAGGUCAUUUAGUUUUA